AUGGCCACAGGAAGAGUCCUACUCUGCUCUCUGCUGCUCCUCUCGCUGCAGCCGGGCCUCGGCAGGGGCCCUGGUGCUCGGGGGGCUCCGGUGGUGGAGGAAGAGCCACGAGGGACCCUGAGGCUGCAGCUGGGUAAGAACCCCCUCGGACCCUGCACGACUCCCCCACUCCUUCCUGCUCAGACCCUGCUCGCUGUCAGCUGCCCCUUGUCCCCUGCAGGUGCCCGCCUGCGCAGAGCCCUGGCCAGCCCGUGCCAGCUGUGGAGCCUGCCCCUACCUGUGGCCGAGCUGGGUCUGGGCUACGCUUCCGAGGAGACGGUCAUCUUCCGCUACUGUGCAGGCAGCUGCCCCCGCGGUGCCCGCACCCAGCACGGCCUGACGCUGGCCCGGCUGCGGGGCCAGGGCAGAGCCCACGGCGGGCCCUGCUGCCAGCCCACCCGCUACACCGACGUGGCCUUUCUCGAUGACCGCCACCGCUGGCAGCGGCUGCCCCAGCUCUCGGCGGCUGCCUGCAGCUGCGGCGGCUAA